AUGAGCGUGAUGAAUUCCGGCGAGGAGGUGGUGUACCCCACCCCCGGGUACCCGAUCUACGAGUCGCAGGUCGACUACCUGGGGGGACGCGGACGCCCCUACGCCUACGUCGAGGAGGCCGACGGCUUCCGCAUCGACCGCGCUUCGGUGGAAGCGGCGCUCAGCGACGCGACCCGCGUGCUGAUCGUCAACGGCCAGCACAACCCCACCGGCGCCGACGCAUCGGCCGACGAGAUCGCCUGGCUGGCCGGGAUCGCCCGCGAGCGCGACCUGUGUGGUGCUGUCCGACGAGCCGUACUUCGACAUCCGCUACGGCGGCAGCAGCCGCAGCCUGGUGUCCGAACCGGAGAUGGUCGAGCGCACCGUGAUCGGCUACACGUUCUCGAAGACCUACGCGAUGACCGGCUGGCGCCUUGGCGCCGCGAUCGGCCCGGCCCGCGUCAUCGAUCUGAUCACCAGGCUGAACACCAACCACGAGUCGUGCACCUGCGGGUUCAUCCAGCACGCCGGCGUGGAGGCCUUGCAGGGUGA